AUGGGCGAUUCUGAGCAAAUUCUCGAACAGAGCAUUACGUGGAGCGAUGUGGAAGGGAAACUAAGGGAUGCGCUCAAAACCGAGUCACGAUUCGGAAGCCAGAAAAAAGCAGUUGUCAUUGGAGUAGAACAGAGUUACUCUGGAUUGAUCGGUCGUCUUCACCUCGACUGGACACCACCCCAUGAAGAUUUACCGAAAACUGUCAUUGUCAAAAUUCCAAGUUGUGAACGAUUGAAGCAAAUGUCCUCACAGCUGAAAUCUGAAGGUUGCGAUGUUGAAGGGAAAAGUGUUGAUGUGGUAAUUGAAGAAAUGCAAAAAUCGAUCAAGGAUGUUCACGAUACGGAAAAUUCAUUCUAUGAACUUGUUCAUUCACAUGCGUUACCAUUCAAAGUGCCUCAAACAUACGUUCGAGAAGCAUCUGGACCCGGUGACAAUUAUGGAUAUAUUUUAAUGGCUGACCAAGGAGAGGAUUCUAUCGUUUAUCCAUUAGGCGUUAAUUUCACUGUUGACGAAGUUAUUCAGGUUCUGGAUGCAGUGAGUGAAGUACACGCUUAUUCAAUCAAACAUCCCGAGUGCUUUAAAAGUAUUCAUCCGAACAAAUUCAUCGAUAAUCUUGUUCAAGCACAUGAUGAAAGAUCGUCACCGCUCGUGCUCCUUAAAGAUCUGAAGGUGAGAUACAAAGAGAAGUUGGGCAAUACAAUCGACGAGAUCAUAAAAAAUAUUGAUGAAAUAUUCAAUAAGAACACCAUCAACGAACUGAACGCAAAAUUCGGAAUGCAGCCCACUUUGGCUCACUGCGAACUUUGGACGCAAAAUUUAAUUUGGAAAGAGCACGAUAAAAAACGAGAGUUGGCAGCUAUUAUUGACUGGGAGUGUGUUCACGAGGGUAAUCCGAGUGAAGAUAUUGCCUUUAUGAUAGCAUCCUCACUAAGUGCUGAUGAUCGUCAUCGACACGCAGAUACCAUACUCAAGCACUAUUAUGAUCAUUUAACUGAACUCUUACAACAGCAGCCACCUUUCACUUUGCAACAGGUGUGA